GCAGACCGCCAAUUCCAGUGCGCUCUCCUUUUACGACGGGCCCUCGUGUUUUUCGAUCUCUCUCUCGGGUGUGUAUGUUUUUGGGGGCUUUUGGCUGGUAACUCUUGUUGUAGCCUCUUGUUGCUUCUUGUAGAGUAGCACACCAAGUACCAGCAGGGGCGCGCGCGAAUUCCUACCGUUGCCAAGUGUUUUCGGAUUUUCUGUUUGUCAGUGAUAAUCGCUACCGCUGCUGCCGUGGAUGCUCUUUGUGCCAGCGAACACAUUCUUCCACAUCGCGCGGACUGUCUGUGUAAAUCUCGUACGACCCAUCCGGGCAAAUUGGAUCCAUAUAGAACUGAUUUUAUCAAAUUACCGCCUCCUCAACGGACGGAUUAUAGCAGUAUGAAGGGCAACAAGUGCGGUACAGUGCAAUCUGGAAGUACUGCAACUUAGCAUAGGAAAAAAAGAAGUGAAACACUCAAAUCGUGACCGGACCAAAUCAAAACUGAAAACUAACUCGUGAAGUGAUCGUUCCAAAAGUGACACGUAAUUAAAUCGAACUCAACAACCGUAGCUAGAUCAAAUUAUCCACUAUUACCAACUAAUGCAAUUGGCUCAACGGCAUCCUGCCAGUAGAAAACAGAUUAAGCAAAACUGGUGCAAUUACCCGAUCGUAAACUCGCUGUACUCUUCGUCGAAGCACUGUGUGAUAAAAUCCGUAGUUCCAUUCACCGCAAUCCCCUCUAACGCCAACCGCCUUAAAACCUCGAACCACUCCUCUCAAAACUAGAGCCAAAUCAGUAAUGUGUUUAUCAUUUAAGCAACGCCAAAAGCAAAAGCAACACGUGACCGAAAAAGUUGAAAAUUGUAGUCUCAAAAUUAGUUCAUUUAGCAUUUACAACAACAACAUAAAUAAAUUGUGAUACUUCGAUGUGCCUUUUGAAAGUAUAGUCCCGUGAAAGCUUCAUCGAUAUCGUUUUUGAUUUGCGAGAGAGGAAAAGUCAAGUAAAAAGUUUAAAGUGUAUCAAAAUUUGUCGGAUUCAACAUAUCAAAACAACAGAGAAGAAAAAAACACGCGAGCUGCUAGAGAGUGUUGCGGACUUCCGAGAAGUUGCGACAUCGAGUGAACCGAGUGAAAUCGUGGAUACUGGCUACUCGUUUCUAUCAAAUCUACCUAUACUCAAAAAAGGUGUGUGUAAGUGAGUUGUGAAGUUUAAAUCGUUGUGUGAAUCCUGUUUCGAGAAGAGAAAAAAAAACCAUUGAACUUCUGAGAAGGAACUCUCUGCCGAUUGCGGGAAUCUAGGAAAGAACAGGACAAUCCUGCGACAUGAUUAUGGUAAGACGGCAAUGAAAGCUUAAUUUUCGCACCUUCCGCUUCUCUUGAUCCCGGGCGCGAUUUUCCACCCCAUCUGAUGAACUGACCGUUCAUCGUGUUGCUACAGCACCUAUACCUUACCCAACCCAGUGAUGCUGCUCUUUAUGUUGCUGCGUACCGAGCGGAUAUUACUGCUGCUAACCAAGUACAUAAUAGGGUAGCUCUCGCAAAUGAUAAUCACUGUAAUCUUCCAUUGCUGCGGAUUAAAUAUCUGCGCUAAUACUCUCGGCGGUGAAGAGUGAAGAAACGAACGAGAGAACGCGUGCUCUCGUCAGAAGAAACACCGAACAAGACAAGUUCCAAAACAGCAACAACGUUGGCAGUAUAAAUUUAGAGAGAGAGCGAGUAGCAACAUAUCUACGAAUCGACUGAAAAAAAAACAACAUAACACAAACCGAAACAUACCGACCUACCACGCAUAAACGACCGAACGAACGAAAACUGAACAAGAAAGAGAGUGAGAGAGUGCGUCAAACUUUAACGAAACGGUACUAAAGGUGGCCAAAGCAAACUCACGCUACAGCGGCGGCGGCGGCGGCACCACCACCGUCGGAAGCACCGGCGGUAUGACGUUUCGUUGUGUUCCUUCGUACGAUGCCAGCGCUCAAUGGACACUCACACCGUCCCUUCAAUCGCAGCUGGAGCGGCUCACUAGUCAUGGAGGCAUAGGACUCUCAGGUGGUAGUCCGGCAUAUACCACACACACCGGGGGCCAUACGGGCCGCAACGGACCGACCAGUGGACACGGCGGCAGUCACGGAAGUUCGCACGGUCCCGGACCUACGAUGCACCACCAGACGCUGCAGUCGGACUUUCAACCCCCGUACUUCCCGCCUCCUUUCCAUCACACCACCCAGAGCCCGCCCCAACAACAGAACCAUGGCUUGGAUUACCUAAGCACAGACCCGUACGGGCAGCCGCUGUCCUCGCUUCAUCACGCUCCCCUGCAUCACUACAACCAGCUGGCUGGUUUGAGACCGUCACAGGAGCAACUAGGACUACACCGAUCACAUCGAGAAUCCGAACUGCAACAGCACGUGACGCAACUCUCACAUGGUUUCCCGUACUCGGACCGGCGGAGCGAUUACAGUGGAUCGAUCGGAAGUGGAGCGGGUGCCACGCGGUUAGGAGCCCACGAGCAUGACCCGCUGUCGUUGCAUCAGGCGCUACAGAGUGCCGUGGACGAUGGCCAGAAUCCGGUGAUAGACGAGAACGCUGGAUUUAUGAGCGACCUGCCGCUGUUGAAAAAUUUCCCCAUCACCGACAUUAAGAAAGACAGCAGCCAAAUGAACCUCGGUUCCCCGUCGGACGUGUUCUGUUCCGUGCCCGGCCGGCUCAGUCUCCUCUCCAGCACCUCGAAAUACAAAGUUACGGUGGCAGAAGUGCAGCGCCGCCUGGCGCCUCCCGAGUGUCUCAACGCGUCGCUUCUCGGUGGAGUUCUCAGACGGGCAAAGAGUAAAAACGGCGGCCGGUUGCUAAGGGAAAAGUUGGAGAAAAUCGGUUUGAAUUUGCCGGCGGGACGACGCAAGGCGGCAAAUGUCACGCUGCUCACGUCGCUGGUGGAAGGCGAAGCCAUCCAUUUGGCACGUGACUUUGGCUACGUCUGUGAGACGGAAUUUCCUGCCCGGCAAGUGGCCGAAUAUCUUUCCCGACAGUACUCGGAACCGCAGGAAUCCUACAGACGGAAAGAGCUGCUGCUCAAUACGAAACAGAUUACAAAAGAACUCAUGGACCUGCUCAACCAGGAUCGUUCUCCUCUAUGCAACACGCGGCCACAGCAUAUUCUGGAUCCAUCGAUUCAGCGACACCUAACACAUUUUUCGCUCAUAUCCCAUGGGUUCGGAUCGCCCGCCAUUGUGGCAGCGCUGACAGCCAUCCAAAACUUCCUGAACGAGUCCAUCAAGCACAUGGACAAGAUGUACCCGGGCAACGGUGGCAGCAUGGUGACGUCCUCGCUCGACAAGAGCAAAAUGGAUAGCGACAAGAAAUGACAGUUAUAAAAUUAUCUGUUCACCAAAAUUGAACGCUUCUAGCCGGGCUUGAUCCGAUCGGUUCGGAAGAAGAAGCAUCAUCGGAACCGAAAUCUAUGGAUGUCAGCACCUGUAUCAUAGGAAACGCAAACAGAAGUUAAAGAAGAAGAAAAAUUGUGAUGUAUAAAGAGAAAACAACGCAAUUAGCGUAAGAGUAUGCAAAAUAUGAUGAAAAGGUUACACUAUGAGAUUUCAAACUAGAUUGAUUAUAAUUAAUUAUUAUUGGUCACCCAUACAAUGCAAGCAAAGUGAACAUUUGGAAGUCUGCACGUUUUAUCUCUCGGUGUUCUCAAUAUAUUUAACUGUAAUCAAUUGAAGGCGCAUAAUUGUAAAAAGUAUUGUUUAGUAUUUUAUAAUCCGUUUUGUGAUAGACUAUUGUUUAAUACUUACAAUAUGUAUAGAAACUAGGAACAUGUACAUUCCCAUUUUUAUUUGAUAAAUCAAUGGCCAUUGAUACUUGUUUCAUCUGCAAUUCCAUUUUUAGCAAAAAAAUAAUAAUAACAUCAGUUGAGUACAAACUUAACUGAAAGUGCAGCAAAGAUGACUGACAAGAGCACCUACUAAAAGAAUUUUAUUUAUUGUUUACUAUUAAGGUUAAAGCAAACAAAGGAUCCAUCUUCGACAAAGGAGCCGAUGAGGCUUAGAAUGUACUUGUGAAGUCAUGUGCCAAAACAAAAGAAAAGCUACAAAUUCUACACUUUACAAAACCUCCCAGCGCCAUAAUCUCCAUGUGCCAAUCCGGAACAAUUCCUGCUGAAGAACACACACCUCCUUCGAUUUUCCACUGCUUUUCAUACCCUAUCCCGCUAGUGCCAUGAUUCCAUGAUCAACAUUUAACAUCUUCUACAAACAACGCGUCAGCCAUAUUUGUUAUCCUACAUCCCGAUCCAUUCCCGCUAAACAAAAGAGGCAAACCAUAUCAUUCCUAUAUCGUAAAACACACAUUAUCGAGACGAAACGUCAUCCUUGCCAUAAAAUAAUUAUAGCAAACGUGACAACAAACAUUUAUAGCCAACAAAAUGUUUCAAAUUUUUUCCACUCUUCCAGUUGUCGUCAAAGAGUAAAUUGUAUUAAAAUUUUCGUAAAAUAAUGUAACUAAACAAGUGAAACUUUUACUUUGUGAAGGUUUACGCGUAUAUGUACAAAAUGAAUCGAUUAGCAAAAGGAGAAUAUUAUUACACAUUUUUCAAAAAAGAAAAAAAAACAAUUACAACUAAGCAUAAGCCAAGCAAAUGUGUAAAAUUUAUCAUCAGCAAAAAGUUGCCCCCAUUUUGAAACCACAAACCACAUCCCAUCGCCAUCACAAAUCGUACUCUCAGAUUCUAUUCUCACAGAAAUAAAAAAAAACAUGUCAUUUGAAAUCGUACGAUGCAUUUCGCAACAUUCGUCUUAAAUUUAAGCCAGUUUUGAGAGAGGAAACAACAACUACAGAUUGUUCCAGUCCGUACGCGCUGCAACCAAACAUGACACAUCUCAAGUAACAAUGCGGGUUUUAUGAGAGUUCUACAGACCAUGAUUCAGACUUGUAGAAUGCGUCGAUAAAACUUGCAGUGCUACUUGCGAUAAAGCACAGCCCGAAAGUGUCCAAGUAGAAACGUUCAAAACACAGCAAGGAAAACGCAAACCACUACCCACACACAGUACUGGAAUCGCAUACAUAGGCAAAUUAAGAACUCAAAAUACAAUUACAAACGUUGUACAUGAACAGAAAGUGGUAUAAGAGCAAAUUUCAGAAGUAUUAUAAAUUCAAAUUAAUGAAAAUAUAUAUAUUUUAAAACUCAA